AUGAGUGGCCGCUUGAUGUGUGGCUGGAAAGCAAAUGUGGCUGGAGCUUCUUCUCCCGAGUGCCCCAGAAGCCCCACCGAGAGUGACCUCGUCCCGAUCCGUUCCCUUGCGCCCGUGCUGCAUCUCGAAAUUCAACCGAAGCUCUCCGGCUUGUGUGAUUUUUGUCUUGUCCACCCACUUACAAGCUGCAACGUUGAGCUCACGUCUGUCACAACUCUCACCAAGGCUCCAAUGGCUUCCAAGACCAGUGCGAGCGGAAGCUCUGCUUCCAACCCGAUUGGCAAGCUCCAGGCCGGGCCCGAUGCCUUGCGCAAGGAGGCAGAAUCCUCAGCCGAGUUCGAGAAGCUCCAGGAAGAGGCCAAAAUCAGAAGGCUGCAACAAUUGGCACGCUCUUACCCUUCUCUCGCUCAACGGUCCCUGACCUUGCUAAUGCGCGCACCCAUGACCAUCAACCGCUUGCAGGUUCACGGCGCUACCAACACCCGAAGAGGCUUCCUCGACCCUAUCUUCACCCCGCUCUUGACCGAGGAUGUCAACAGCUCCUCCACGCUUGGCGAAGUAGCGGCGCGGUUGGGCGACGCCAGAGGAAAGCUGGAGAGACUCGGCAUCUUCCACCCCGAUGUCAAGGUCCACCUUAGCAACGCCAACAACACCGAUGCCUCGUCCACUCCGACCGACGUCGACGUCGAUGUCGUCGUCAAAGAGCUCUCCCGCUACAAAUUCAACGCCGGAACCGAUGUCGGAAACAGCGAAGGCUCCGCUUAUACCUCCUUGCUCUGGCGCAACAUCUUUGGCGGUGCGGAGCAGCUUACUGUCAAUGCCAGUGCUGGCACAAGAACCCGUUCCGCAUACAGCGCGACCUUGAGCGCACCCGUCCAAAGCAACCCCGAUACGAGAAUCGCACUCGAGGGCCUCGCUUCCGCCACCGAUAAAUCCUGGGCAGCACACGAGGAGGUUCUGAAGGGAGGAAACCUGCGCUUCUCAUGGCUUUCUGGCCUCAAGGACAUGCACACGGUUGAAUAUUCCGGCAUUUGGCGUCAAGUUACUGGCCUCCGCGACAGUGCCAGUCCCACUGUCCGUGCCGAUGCCGGAGACUCCGUAAAGAGCUCCAUCAAGCACACAUACCAGAGAGACGAGAGAGAUAACCCGCAGCUUCCGCAAAGCGGCUACGUACUCAAGUCCGUUUGGGAGCUGGCUGGUCUCGGCCCCCUAGGCGGUGACGUCGCCUUCUCCAAGAGCGAAUGGGAGGUGGGUGGUGCGCUGCCCGUCCCUGUUCCUGGCGUGGAGGGACCAUCUGGAAUCUCGAUUGGUGGUGGAUUGAGGUUCGGUAUGCUGUACCCGCUUCCUCUUGGCUUUGCCUCCGAAGGCAAGUCCCAGCCGAGCCGCAUAAACGACAGAUUCCAGCUCGGCGGGCCCACCGACGUCCGUGGUUUCCACUACGGAGGUCUUGGACCCCACGACGGAUCCGAUUCAGUCGGAGGAGACGUCUUCGCAGCUGGCAGUGUGAACAUGCUGUUUCCUCUGCCUUAUAAGGGCCCCGACUCCUCUCUCCGCUUCCAAGUGUUUGCCAACGGCGGCAGAUUAGUCGCGAUGAAGAACAAGGGCAAGACUGGUGCUUCAGCCAGCGAGGGCCUCGACGCUAGAAGUGUCGCAGGCAGCGCGUGGAGAGCGUUGAGUGACCUGACGACUGGUCUGCCAUCAACAGCCGCUGGUGUGGGUCUGGUCUACGCUCAUCCUGUCGCUCGUUUCGAGCUCAACUUCAGUCUCCCGUUGGUGCUGAGACGCGGCGAGCAGGGCACCAAGGGACUGCAGGUUGGGGUCGGCAUCAACUUCUUAUACUCUCUAAUUGGAAGAUUACAACAUGGAACUACCGACCGAGUUCCCGAAUACUUCGGGACCGGGUCUUUCAUCCCACACAACGUCUGUCCGUCGCGCGAUGCCUAUCCCUUCCUACGGGUCUUACCACGUCGGCCUCCGAUCGCCGGGACUCUUCCGUCUCACAAGGAUGCGUGGAACUUGGAAGCCAUCGUGGCAUUGUUGCGGCGUCGGCAUAAGGGUUCCAAUAGUCAAUCGGCACGAAAUCCUUCCAGAAUAUCCCAUUCGCUGGACUUCGGCCUCCGGAUGUCUAUGGGCGAUGUAACGUAUAGUUCCCCCUCACCGCAGCUCUGCUGCCCUCGUGUAAAAUGGGCGGCUGGUUUGUUGGGGGCUGGGCAGGGUAAUCACAGCAUUCUGGAUGUUUUCUCCGUUGUCGAUUCCAACCUUGGCGGAUUCCAUGACUCGUUGGUCACUGUACGAGCCAGGUCCCUGGAUAUAGGCUGCAUGCUAGUGUGCUGCACCUCCGCCACCUUCGACGUUCUCAAGUCAUCAAGUACAAUGCGGCUCCUCUCCUCUCUGUCGCUUCUCGUCACGGCGGUUUCCGCCCUCACCGUGAGAGUCCCAUCCGUUGCAGAGGACUUGAAGACGCUCGUAGCAGCAUCGUCGUCAGUAGCUGUUGACCUCCGUGCGAGAUGGAGUACAUACCAUGCUCCCAUCCCGUCCAUCGUGGUGAAUGUGACGACGGAGAAGGACGUUGGUGCAGUUGUAAAAUACUGUGCGAGCCGUAAGAUACCUUUCACAGCUCAGAACGGCGGUAACGGCUGGGGCAAGACUUUCAACCUCGGCAAUAACGGAGUCAUCAUCAACUUGGCUGGUCUGAAUGCCGUCACUUUCAGCAAGACGAAGACGGAAGCCACAAUCGGAGGCGGGGCCAUCAUUGGCGACACAAUCAAAGCAGCCAAUGCUGCGGGUGUAUUGGUCCAGACGGGCAACUGCAACUGUGUUGGUGCCCUUGGUGCCAUCCUGGGAGGCGGUUACGGGAAUCAAAUGGGAGAAGUCGGCUUUGGCGUUGACAAUGUGCUCUCCAUGCGCGUCGCAGUCGCGAGCGGAGAGAUCCUUACGGCCUCGCCGACCUCCAACCCAGACCUCUUCUGGGCCCUCCGCGGCGCCGGACCCAACUUUGGCAUCGUCAUCUCGGCGACGGUCAAGGCGCGGCCCAUGCCGACCGAAGGCCGCAACGCCUGGCUCAUGAAUCUCUUCUUCUCGCCGGACAAGCUCCCGCAAGUCGCCCAAGCCAUCCAAGACCUGCCUCUGAAACCGGAGCAAGUCGUCUACCUCGUCCUCACCAACUCGGGACCACCAUCUAAUGCCCCCGCCGUCCUCGUCACCGGGUUCCUGCGUCAAGGCAACGAUGUGACUGGACGUGCGGCGUUCGCGCCGCUGUAUAAGCUCGGCCCGAUCUCGAACAGCAGCAGCGUGGCCGGGUACGAAGGCUGGAACGCGGGCAACGACAACUUUUGCGCGCGCGAGGAGCGCAAGCCGGCGUAUAGCACGACCAUCAACCACAUGCAGCCUGAGACGUGGCCGGCGAUAUGGGACCUGUACACGAAAUUUCAAGCCAAGGGGCCCAACUCGGCUGUGCUGAUUGAGCGGUAUAACCUGACCAAGGCGCAGUCUGUACCCAAGGGGUCUGCGGCGCUGCAGGAGGCGUUGAGGAGGGACGCGUUUGCGCAGGCGAUUGUGAUUCCUUGGUACACUGAUGCUUCGCUGGACGGUGAGGCGGAGGCGUUUGCGAGCAAGGUGAGGGAUAUUUGGAGUUAUUCGCCGAGCGGUGUAUGGGUCGAGUUUGGCGAGAUUGAGGGAGCUGAAGAAGAAAUGGGAUCCUUUGGGGGCUUUCGAUCAGUGGUUUCCAGUCGGGGCAUGAAGUAUUGGUUCGUCACGACUUUGAUCCAAACCUUUGAAUGGUAUAGCUAUGGUCUCUGGCUUCUGGACCUUAAUGGCCAGGGCCAACGUCCCGAUAGCGGCAUGUUAAUGAAGACGGUGUUUAGUGAUGGCGGAACCACGGGCAUCAUCGGAUAG